AACAGACUGCUGAAGUUGUCAAGCAACGUCGAGGAAAAGCCAUACAUCAGUCCCGCGACGGUAUAGUCUUUAGUUGGUCAACAAUCGAGGGCGAAGGACAGUGCACGAGAGAGGUGAAGAAGCGAGUGCAGAUCAAAGAUGGUCCCGGACAGCGCUCAGAUUCGGCGGCAGGGUGCUCAGGACUUUAUGGCUUACUAUGAGUUUGCCUGUGCCAGGCAGGAAUCUGUCCCCCUUCCUGCAGUUAAAAUGAACCUCAACAAAGGGAUGCUGGACUUUAAUGGAGACAAGCUGAAGCUAGCAGACUGGCCACCCGUUCUCAGCUCUAUAUCCAUUAACAAACACCUGCACCACAUAGCAAUAAGUAGCACAUACCAAGCUAGUUUGGCUUCUGGAGAGGCAGAUAGAAGAUAUCUUAAGUCUAGCUUCAGGAGGAAGAUUCCAGCUAUUCGCUCCAAGGAUAUGACAUUAAAGCUGUGCAAGGCCCUCAGAGAGUGCCUCACUGUCUCUCCCAACCUCAAGAUGCUGCAGCUCAAUGGACUUCCACUGAGAGAAAGGGACCUCAUCACCCUGACAAAGGGUUUGGCAAAAAGCACUUCCUUGGAAAACCUAUCUCUGGUUAACUGUCCAAUCAGUGAUGAGGGCUUAGAGGUCAUUUGCCAAAGCGUUAAGUAUUCUACUAACAUCAGGGCAGUGGAUUUUAGUGGAUGCAGUCUUACCUGGAGGGGGGCAGAGCACAUGGCCAAUAUUAUCAAGCAUCAGGGUAUGCAAAGACAUGGUACGGCGUGGGCGGAGUCUCUGAGGUAUCGACAGCCGCAGUUUGAGGGUAUGGGAGGUCUUCGCCGUGUCACACUUAACUGUAACACUUUAAUUGGGGACCGGGGUGCUGCGGCUCUUGCAAGUGAACUUGCUGAAGACCUCUGGGUUAAAGCUGUGGACCUGCAAAGAUGUGGUCUUUCCAACGAAGGCGCUCGUCGUUUGCUAGAAGCCUUGAAAACGAAUUCUUCUUUGUGUGUGCUGGAUAUCCGUGGUAACCCGUUAGUUGAUAAACUCCUAAUUAAAACUAUAAUAGAGAAAGUACUAAUGAACAGUCAUGGACAGUCACCAGAGUAUUGCUGGAUCAAGCCUGCAGCGUCAGAACCACAGAGAGCUUCUGGUCCAAGGAGGAGAGCAUUACCCAGUACAGUCAGAGGGAAAGCUGCAUUUAGAAUAGUCAUCUGGAGACAUGCCACUCAUAAAGGACCAUCUCCUGGUGGACGGAGUUCAGCUGCUGCUCUGAAACCUAAGCCAUCACGCACCCCACAUGUGCCUUGGCGUGCUGCUGCACGAGCUGGACGCCAAAGAGGUUUGCCUCCUGGAAUUACUGUAACAGACCAUAGCUUUCAGGGUGCAGCCACAGUGAAAGUUACCAUGGAGUCGGAUUCAGAGGCAGAGGAGGAUGAUGAAGAGGAAGUGGUGGAAGUGGAACCGAGACCAUCUUCUCUUAAUCGUCAGGACAGAGUCAUUGCACGGAGGUUUGAACAAAUACAGAUGGAGCUAAAAGAGUGCCGUAUGAGGCUUGGAGAAGAGCGGAGGGCCAGACUGAAGGCUGAGUCCAGGCUCAUGGAGUAUGAGCUGGAGAAUGCUCGUCUUCGAGAUGCCAAUCACUCCCUGUCAGAGGCACUUGCUACCAGUGGCUCUGCAUUAGCACCACCGGCUUCCAGUGCUCUUGAAGAUGAGGCAAUUCUGGAAAGCAUUGAGACGUCAUUCACUAAGUUUCACGCUUUCCUGGAUUUGCUCAAAGAUGCUGGCUUAGGUCAGCUAGCUUCAAUGGCUGGAAUUGAUAAGUCAGAUUUCCACCCUCUGGGAAGACCUCAGCUUUCCUCCACAAUAGAACCACUUUUGCAUGGAGCGGCAUCACCGCCUGGAGGGCGUUACAGGAUCGAUGCUCUGUCUUUGGUAGGAGGUGCCCCGUCUGCUGCCCUCGUUGGAUUGUCUGACACCAGAUUGCACAAGUCUCCAUCCCCUACUAGAGCAGCCCUUCAUAAAGAAAGGUCACUUGAUGUAACUUUCACUCAGGCUUCUGCACCAGCAGCAAGUGGUGUAGUGGAUGUAGAAGAAGAAGCAAAUCAUUUUUCAAAGCCUGACACCCAGCAUGACUCAGGCUCUGAACACAGUUUUUAUAGCCAAAAGUCCUUUGAUAAUAUUUCCUUUGGUAAAACUUCCCAGACUAGGCCGAGCCACCCCACGAGCAACAGCAACUCUCACAGAAACAACAGUUCCCAUGGAUACAGCUUCAGCAACAGCUACACUUACAACCGUGCUUCCCAUAGCAAUGGAUCUCGAGGUGGUUCAUCUGCAAGUGUUAGUGACAUUUUAAGUGACAAAGAGGAUUCUGUAGGAUCAGUAGGGUCAAGGAACAGGGGAAACGGAAGGCUGGUGACAGUAGGUCAGUCAGGAUCAGAAGGGUCAGAGAGGAAAGCCCCUUCAAGGAGAGGCGCUCUAGAGCAGGUCAGAUCUCUGGAGAGUCUGGGGGUUCGGUCAGAUAAUGAAUCCUAACCAGCUGACCAUAAACUGUGUCCCUGUGUGUCAGUGCCUUUUCUUGUAAGUUUAGAUUUUCGCUGAUUUUAGAUUGUAGAUUUUUUUUGUCACCUUCAUAAUUUUUUUGUUCUUAUUUUUUUGCAUUUUCGGUCCAAAUCAUUUCAGUUUAGGGAAGCAAGAUGUUUUUAAAAGCACCUUGUUGCAUUUAAACCAAAAUAAAUAAGUGAUAAAAAAUUAGCCUUAUAUUAUUGUUUUUACAUUUUAGAUUUACAUUUACAGUCUUAUUGAACUUUUUCAUAAAGUGCGGGGAAUCUGCAGUAUAGCAGUUUAAUUCAGUGCGACAUUCUCAAAUCUGUAACUCUGUUUCUUCGAGUAUAAUCCUGGUUCUUGUAGCAAUCAAUCAAAUACUAGAAAGUGUACAAUCUCAAGGCAUUGCAUAGGAGCUUUAAGCUAAAUGUCACUCCUUGUUUCACAUGUGCUCUUACUCAUUUGUAGCUUUGGACAUUAAAGUUAUUU